CGGCUCCGGCUCCGGCUCCGGCUCCCGGGCAUUUAAAGGGGACGCGGCGGCUGCCCGGGGGGAUGGGGGGCAAGUGGAGGGGACGGCUCAGACGCACAUCGUCCUCAGUCCCUCGGGACUGGAGGGACUCGUGAGCCGGAGCCCAGAAAUCCGGGGGUGGAUAAGACACCGCGUCCCCUCCAAUUCCCGUAAGCACCCCUUGCUCCAUCCGGCGCCCCAAUACCUCAGCUAGCCCCCUUCCCCACUUCUUACACACCAAACUCAGCCGGGACAGACCUCUGCCGCCGCCGCCCCCACGAACGUCUGACGACGGCUGGAGGCCAACAGAGUCCCUACAGGUGGUGCCCACGGUAAUGCACCAACAAUGAGUGGCUGUUUUCCAGUUUCUGGCCUCCGCUGCCUAUCUAGGGUCUUGGAUGUGCCAGCGCCUCUGGCCGUGGCCCGCUAACCAGCCUCUCCCGGGCGGGCUCCUGCCGCGCCCCCUCUCGCUUGCUCCCUCCUCCUCCUCCUCCUGCUGCUCUCCCCCCUGCUCCCAGGACGGCGGGAUGGCUGCGCAGGGCGCGCCGCGCUUCCUCCUGACCUUCGACUUCGACGAGACUAUCGUGGACGAAAACAGCGACGAUUCCAUUGUGCGCGCCGCGCCGGGCCAGCGGCUCCCGGAGAGCCUGCGAGCCACCUACCGCGAGGGCUUCUACAACGAGUACAUGCAGCGCGUCUUCAAGUACCUGGGCGAGCAGGGUGUGCGACCGCGGGACCUGCGUGCCAUCUACGAAGCCAUCCCUUUGUCGCCAGGCAUGGGCGACCUGCUGCAGUUUGUGGCUAAACAGGGCGCCUGCUUCGAGGUGAUUCUCAUCUCCGAUGCCAACACCUUUGGCGUGGAGAGCGCGCUGCGCGCCACCGGCCACCACAGCCUGUUCCGCCGUAUCCUCAGCAACCCAUCGGGGCCGGAUGCGCGGGGACUGCUGGCUCUGCGGCCGUUCCACACACACAGCUGCACGCGAUGCCCCGCCAACAUGUGCAAGCACAAGGUGCUCAGCGACUACCUGCGCGAACGGGCCCACGACGGCGUGCACUUCGAGCGCCUCUUCUACGUGGGCGACGGCGCCAACGACUUCUGCCCCAUGGGGCUGCUGGCGGGCGGCGACGUGGCCUUCCCACGCCGCGGCUACCCCAUGCACCGCCUCAUUCAGGAGGCCCAGAAGGCCGAGCCCAGCUCGUUCCGUGCCAGCGUGGUGCCCUGGGAAACGGCCGCCGACGUGCGCCUCCACCUGCAACAGGUGCUGAAGUCGUGCUGAGUCUGGCCGCCUGCAGGGGGGCACCCCGGCCAACGGCGGAGGGGGCGGGGAAGGGGGAUUCGGGAAAGACAAAGUUAGUUUUACUACUCCCUUUUCCCUUUGGCUUUGCUAUGUCCCUCUGGGAAUUUCUGGAAUCUCGUCUUUAGGGGCUUGGGGAAGGGGGUUCAGAGCCGUCCCUAUCUAUGCAGUUAACCCACCUCGGCCGCCUCCCCCGCUCCACUGCGCACGGUUGAGUUCUGGAGUCUGACCCAUCGCGGGGGUGGCGCGCAAACCUUGGAAGGCAGCAGUGUUUCCUGGUCCUACCAACUGGGAGGAAGGGGCUCCCUGGCAGGUGAGAGAAGGAACAUCUCCCGCCGCUGUAACUGUUGCCUCGGGCUGCGUGACCGCCCCCGCCUCCAGUCUGCUGUGGAGGGAACCCAGGAUCCUGAAAUUCUCCUGGCCACAAGGACUCCCCACGGACAGAAGAGGGUCUCCACCUAUGGCCCUAGGCCUUUGCGAUCUUGCUUCACCCUACGCGACCCCACACUAUUUCUGUGCUGUCUACACCCUCUUGCCUCCCGACCCCCGCACUCCUUUCUAGCACCCCCAACGGAAAAGCCAGAGGGAACAAUCGCCUCCUGGUGGUGGUACGAGGUAGCGCACCGUCCGGCCCAGGUCCUGCCAGCCAAUAACCUCGCAGCGUGUGACGGUGUCUCCUUGCACCCCAGCCUCAUCUAUGCAGCAAGAGACCAGGCACUUCACCAAAGUCACCCUUGCAGGCUGGGCCCUCCAUGCAUUCCCCUCCCCACCCCCAUGGAACAGAAAGCCAUGAUGUUUUUAAGCAGAACCAGCGAAACCCAAGCCCCUCCUUCCUCUGGUGUUUUACAACUAUAAAGGAGGUAAAGGGGGAAGAAA